AUGGGAAACAAAAGCGGAUCAAACAGAUUUUCAGCCAUCGAGCAAGACGUUUUACUCGAAGCUGUUCAGGAUAAGUUACCUACCGGUGCUGAUGAAUGGGAGCUUGUACAAGUUUUUUUCAAGAAGAGAAUGGUUGAAGUUGCCAGCCAAAAUGGAACCGGAAACAAUCAAGUGGCCGUACAAGUCUAUGACCGUGACUCCAAGUCAUUCAAGGCGCUUUUUGGGAGAUUCAAAAAUGCGAAGUCACCUACAGGUACUCCAAGUAGGGGACCUUUGAGUGUAAAGGCAAGGGAGAUCGAAGAGCUGAUCAAGCUUAAAACGGCCGAAGCUGAGCUAGGAGGAAUUGAUGAUGAAUUCGAAGAUGGUGAUGUGGAGGCAGAGACUGUGGUCACGGCAGUGGGGGGAGGAAACAACUUUCCAACAAUCGAAGAGCAGGCUGUGGAGAAUGCAGCUGCUGACGAUCAACACGCUUCCUCUCCUCGUUCGGUCUCUCGUACGACACCGAUACCAAGAAAGACGAGGGCCGCGCAGGCAAGUAAUCUGCAAGAUUUCACAGACACUUUUGCUCAUUACAUGUCUGCGGCCAUCAAGACCAUGGAAGGUCCGAGCUCAGAAGACUCUCCUGGUGCCGGUGGUAAUGACGUCUAUGGAAGUCGUCUGACAUCGUUGGAGAGCAGCUUGGAGCUGAUGAGCAGCCAGGUGAAUGAUAUGAGGGGACUUCUUGGUCAAAUACUUGCGAAGGUAAGAACGAUAAAAGCACUCAUUCUUUGUAAGGCAAAGUUCCUAAUUGUUUUAUGCUUCGAUAAAUCCCGCCGAAGAAAGUCAUUCUUCUGA